AUGCCUCAGUUUGACUCUUCUCAGUGUAACUAUAUAACUUUGUCGAAUUCUUGCUUGUUCAGUAGCCACAUGGUGGAGUUACUAUUCAAGGAUUCAUGCCCAACAACAAGAGUUUCAAGGAAUGAGGAGGAUUCGUUUGAGGAUGCUGGCGCCGAAUUGACGCCUCUAUCCACGGUGGCAGAUGCAUUUGAGGAGCUUUCGGCACUGGUGAAAUCUAAGGAUUGCAAUUUUGAUCUUCGUUUGAAGCCAUUUUGUGAUGCCUGUUCUCUUGUUUCGGUUCUUUUUACUUCUUUAGGCAUAGCCUUCAAAUUUGCUGAAUUGGAGUAUGUUUCCAAGUUAUUCUCCUUCAAGUUUUCCAUGUAUAAAAUUUUGCAGUCUUCGCUGUCUUUGUUUGAACCCAAGAGUAACUUCCCGUUUCAGGAUUGCUGUUUAAGGGAAGCUGCUUCAAUAGCUUAUGCUGAAACAUGUGCGCCUUAUCACACAUGGGCAGUCAGGACUGCUGCUGGUAUGUACGCCCUGCCGACAAGGGAACAGCUACUGUUAGGGCUAAAUGAAAGCGACGACUCUGCAGAGAAAGAAAUGCAAAGAUACAUUAAUGCCUCACUUCCGAUUAUACAAUACAUCGAUAAGUUGUACACUUCAAGAAAUAUCGGCUUGGACUGGUCUUUACACAUGUUCUUCAUGUUGAGCCUUAGUAGAUCUGUAAAUGUUGAUGGACAUGGAUGCUUUUGCUUGGUUGUUUCCAAGCCGCCAUGA